GAAAUGGAACGGGGCUGGCGUGUACACGAACAUUCCAAUCCAAUGAAGGCAGGGCACUUUGUCUUGCAAUACCUGUUACUGACGGACGAGGACAGCAUUGUGCUUUGCAAUUGAAGGCCAGCGUAAACUCGGUGGAAGAAGAAGGCGUGGGUUUUAGUUGGUUGAACUUCUUUUUCUUUUUUAACAGUAUAAAACCUUUAUACUGUUGUGGAAAUGCAGCGGCGAUAAAGUUGACUGCCGGUGUACAUUUAUCUGACAACCCAAAUACAGCGCAGGGAGGUCGGAAUGACCUGGAGCACCAGGAGGUUGUGGCAGCCUCAUCAGUAGCGGUCAACACGGCGGGGGACCUGCGGACCUCCGUCUGCAGGGUGGUCAUCUAUCUCCAAAGGGACAUGUCUGGGGACAGCUGCCUACCCCAGGACCUCAGCAAGUCCGAAACCGCCUCCCCAGACCUUCCUCUGGCUUGUCCCAAGACCAAGACCUGUAGUCAUCGCGGAGCAGUGGGCUUAGGCAACAAGUAUGUUCGGCUCAACGUUGGAGGGAUGCUGUUUUAUACAACGCUGCAGGUGCUCACCAGGCAAAACUCCAUGCUGAAGGCUAUGUUCAGUGGAAAGAAGGAAGUGUUCACAGAUAAAGACGGUUGGAUCCUGAUCGACCGCAGCGGGAAGCACUUUGGCAGCAUCCUGUGCUACCUUCGAGAUGGCAGAGUUGCCUUACCCAAAGGUCGACAGGCUGUCCAGGAGCUGCUGGUCGAGGCAAAGCAUUUCCUUGUCCAGGGCCUAGUGGAGCUUUGCCAAAACUCCCUGCAGGGUAAUAAAGAGCAACCCAUGUGUGUUAUACCUGUAGUCACCUCCAUUAAGGAAGAAGAGAAGCUCAUCCAGUCUUCUUCCAAGCCUGUCGUGAAGCUGGUGUACAACAGAAGCAACAACAAGUACUCCUACACCAGCAACUCUGACGACCACCUAUUGAAGAACAUCGAGCUGUUCGACCGGCUGUCUCUCAGCUUCAACGGCCGCAUCCUCUUCAUCAAAGACGUGAUCGGGGACGAGAUCUGCUGCUGGUCCUUUUAUGGCCAGGGCCGCAAGCUGUCUGAGGUUUGCUGCACCUCCAUCGUCUACGCCACUGAGAAGAAGCAGACCAAGGUGGAAUUCCCUGAAGCUCGAAUCUACGAGGAGACUCUGAACACCUUGCUUUACGAAACGAUGCCGCUGCCCGACAACUCCCUGCUCGAGGCCACGCGUCGGAGAUACAACAACUGUGGCUCUCACAGCGAGGAGGAGGAGGGGCCCGGAGGUCCCGAACUGCGCGAGCGUGUCCGUAGAAUCCACGUCAAGAGUCUCAGAGGUCCAAGUGAUGGCCUCAGUGAAACUGCACGUGACUGUAGAUGUUCUCUGCUCAUUCAUACUUUACACAUCAUCAGGAUUCAGAGCAGCUCCUUUAAACACAGAAGACCUGCAGCUUUUUCUUUUUUAAUCAAAUGUACAGUUUGAAGUGCAACAAAGAUAAUCACUACUAUGCAUUGUUUAUUAAAACCAUCAUAGCACACAUAGCAGCAAAGCAUGUUUCACAUUUAUAGACCGUAUUUUUUCACAUACACAUUUACAGGUUGUUGUUUGCCCGUGACGAAUCUGCUGGAGGUUUACUGGAAAUGCUUUGCCUCGAAGAUGUUUUAAUGGAGUUUUCCAUAAUGCCUCUAAGAUAAAAGUUACUGUUAUUCUGUA